AAGAAAAAAAAAAUAUCGUGAGGGGGCGUGGACUUGCAGGCGCUGAAAACUGCGGAAGCGGAAGCCGUCGUCGCGUCGUAUCCUCGAAGAUUCCUGAAGAUCUACUCAGGCUGUAGGAUCUGGUUUCCGACAGCCUGAGACAAGUCAGUGCAGUCAGGGGGAAGACAGAGCAGCAGGAUGUACGCUCACUAGACCAGCACUCAAGCAACAUAAAAUACAUCUUUGACAGCCAGACUUUAGAAAAGAUCACGGUGGUCUGAUUCCCCACCUCCCCCCCCCAGACACCAUGACGUCCUCUAUGCUCCGCAGACAGCUGAAGAACCUGGUCCAGAACUACUCUGAGGCUGAGGUCAAGGUGAGAGAGGCGACGUCUAAUGACCCAUGGGGCCCAUCCAGCACUCAGAUGGCAGACCUCUCUGAUCUGACCUACAAUGUGGUGGCCUGCAACGAGAUCAUGACAAUGCUCUGGAAGCGCCUGAAAGACGACAAGAACUGGAGACACAUCCACAAGUCCCUGACACUGCUGGAGUACCUGUUAAAGACCGGUGAUGAUCGCGUUCUUCUGAAAAUGAAAGACAACAUCUACAUCGUCAAAGCCCUCACAGAGUAUCGCUUUGUAGAAAAAGAUGGCAAAGAUCAGGGUGGAAAUGUGAGAGAGAAGGCCAAAGUUGUCCUUGUUCUUAUGGAGGAUGAUGAGAAACUAAAGGAGGAGAGAGACUUUGCCCUCAAGACCAGAGAGAAGACAUCAAAAAGUUCUGCUGCCUCAUCCACGGACACCGUCACGGAUCCUAACUACAAGCCAGUCUACGUUCCCGGGACCUCAGGGCUUCCAUCCUUAGACAACAUACCCUCAGUGGCUGACUUGGCCGCUUCCUUCGCUGCCCGCAAAGAGGAGCGUCUUAAACAGGAAGCUGAGAAGAAAGAAGCAGAGAGGAGGGCCAAACUGAGUGAAGAAGAGCUGAAAUGGGAGGAUGCCGGGAAAGGCAAUGAUGCAAAAGGGGGUGCCUGGGGAGGAGAGAAAGCAGAGGAGGUGAAAGAAGACCAAUGGGGAGCCCCCAAAGAAGCUAAAAAGGCCACAGAUCCAUGGGGCACAUCAGCAAAACCUGACACAACUGACACAGAAGCUAGCAGUGACCCUUGGGGUGCUCCAACUAAAACUGAGGAAGAUCCUUUUUCAGCGCCAAAAACGAGUGAAAAUUCAUUUGCUGCCCCAAAGAAUGGAGAAGAUCCUUUCGCAGCACCAAAAGAUGAACCUGAUCCUUUUAGUGCAUCAAAAGAUGACCCGUUCAACACCCCAAAAGAUAGUUCAGACCCCUUCAAUGCACCCAAAGACAAGGAGGAUCCAUUUGCUGCACCAAAAGAUAAACCAGAUCCCUUCAGUUUGUCUAACAAUGAUCCAUUCAUCACCCCAAAGGAUGAUCCGUUCAACACCCCAAAAGAUGAUCCGUUCAACACCCCAAAAGAUGAUCCAUUUAAUGCUCCAAAAGACGAUCCUUUUAGCACCCUAAACGAUGAUCCUUUUAAUGCUCCAAAGGAUGAUCACUUUAAUGCUCCAAAGCGCGAUCCCUUUACCACCCCAAAAGGUGAUCCUUUUAAUGCCCCAAAUGAUGACCCAUUCAGUACCCCAAGAGAUGAUCCAUUCACUGCACCAGCUUCAACACCCCCUAAGGAAGACCCAUUUUCAGCCCCAGCAUCGUCACCCCCUAAGGAAGACCCAUUUUCAGCCCCAGCAUCAUCUAAAGACGACCUCUUCACUGCACCGAGCAAACUUUCCCUAGACGACCCUUUUACUGCAGCAACAACGCCACCCAAAGAGGAUCCUUUCUCUGCACCAUCCAGACCUACAAAAGACGACCCUUUCGCUGCAGCAACAACACCCCCUAAAGAGGACCCAUUCACAGUGCCAUCCAGUCCACCAAAAGGUGAUUCCUCCGAUCCCUUCAACGCCCCUCUGGUGAGCUCGCCCCAAGGCAGUGCAGAUUUGUGGGGAGCCCCUGCUAGUUCUCCACCCGCCACCGGGUCAGAUCCCUGGGGGCCGCCAUCUGCUCCAAAGGAAACAAAGAGCGGAGAUCCCUGGGGGGACGGGACAAGCCUCUCCUCACCCAUUGAUCAUUCGGACGCAUUUGGAGAUUCAUCCAAACUGGACAAUGACCCAUGGGGAGCCCCAGCUGCAGCUCUAGUUAGCACAGAUGAUGCGUGGGGUUCACCUGCUCCACCCUUACACUCCUCCCCAUCCAGUGACCCCUUUGGAGACGGUGCAUCUAAAAAAAGUGAUCCUUGGGGUGCACCAAGUAACGCAUCUAGCAACGCGACAGGAAAGCAAGCGGCGCAGGAAGAGAAGUUGCAUAAAAAGACUGCGUCGUUUCUGGGCUCUGCGGGGGCGUCGCUUGUUGACCUGGACGAUCUACUUUCUUCUAACCCCGAACCCAAACAGCGCCCCCUCGUCAACAAGCUCGUCGCCCAGACGCAAGCCAUCGGCGCUUUCAAAGCCAGGGGCAUGACAUCUGGCCCCGUGGUCAGAUCAGGGACUGUUGCAGGGGGGUUCCUUCCUGAAACAUCAUACUGCAGUCCUUUUGGUUCCACCCUUGCUCCCUCCUUUGGUGCACCUUCUCCCACUUUUGGAGCUGCUAAUCCUUCCAGUGAAACUCCCCUAUUUCAGCUACCGUCCCAUACCAUGGGCUUAAAUAUGCUUCAGGUGGCUCCUCCGUUCGCUGGAACUGGAAUGGUACAAUCCGUUUCUGUGGGAGGGAGUCCACAAAUGGGCCUUAACAUGAACCCCCCCUUUGGAGGAGUGGGAAUGGUGCGUUCUGGACCCCCGGUGGGGAAUCCUUUGGCAGACCCCCUCUCAUUGGGAACAGGAAUGGGUCAGUCCAGUUUCUAUGGAGGAAAUCGCCAAGCAGGAGUGGCUCACUUGGGAGGAUCCACUCCACUGGGCGGCGGGGGAGUCCCCUUCCAGCCACAGUUUCUCUCAGGCAGCGGGUCGGGUGAGACAUUGAACAAAAACAACAAUCCAUUCCUGUUCUGACACCUUGCCAUGUAUUCUUUCCUGUUAGAUGCAUGUAUUAUAUGUUUUAGCCUUUUAAAUGUAUAUGUUGCAUACAUUUUCCAAAACAUAGCAUAGAUUUAGAUUGCUUUAUUAUGUACCUCCAGGCCAGGCCAUUAGUUUUCAGUUACCCUCAUCAUGAACCUUACAAUAUAUAAUUUAAAUGUAUUUCAGUUUCGUAGGCAGGGACUUUUUAAAAGAUCUCGUAUUGAAAGGCUUGUGAAAAAGACGACGCGAAUUUGACCAUUUAUCGUGUUAAAAAAGGUUGCUUUUCAGCAGCCGACUCUCAAAGCUCAGAUGUCAUACGUCCUUGAAUGCACCAAGAAAGAAGACCAAAUAAUGAGACGAUAAUUGUAGUUUUAAUUGAUAGUCGUGAGAGUGCCUGCUCCCAACUGAUCCAGCUUGUAAUAAUAGCAUUCAUUUGACAAAUGUGGUGGGCUGAAAUCAAUGACACCCUGGAAGGUAGGAAACAGUAUAAAACCCUUUUAUGAUAUUCUUUUGGAAAAUGAGCAGUAGUUACAUGUAUAUAACCUGUCAGGCUAAAACAUGCAAAACAACUUGUAAGAUCCUUUAAUUGAACCCCCCCCCCCUUGUGACCUACACAUGUCCAAUCAAUAUAAUGGCCAUGGUUUAAAUUUAUGCAACACAAUGUAUUACAGAAAUGCACACAAAUCUAUUGGCUAGGCCAGCAGUCGUAUUCUUUUUCAUGCACAAGUCUCAGAAACAGAGAGCACCUAAAUAUGAGUGUCUGUGGAAAUCCUGAAGAAUUACUGUGGAUGUGAGUGUUGAGCUGUAAAGUGUGUGUGUGUGUGUGUGUGUAAAUACUAGAAGUAAUCACAGAUAAACCUUGAAAUAUGCUGUAUAUUAGAGUGUUACAAUGAUGAGUAACUAUUUAUUGAUCUAUUUAUUGCUUGAUUAUUUAUUGAUGCAGCAAUGGCCUCCAACAAAGUUCAGGUUAACUUUCAUUACAGCGUCACUAUCAGGCGGGUUGACCUGAUGGUAUUUAUUACAAGUGAUUUCAAGCAUGAUUGGCUUCAAUCUGAUACGGCUGUUCAAGAACUGCACUAUCAAUCAACUCGGUAACCAAUGGUGGCUUUCUCUUCCCUGUUUUAGAUUUGUAGUCGUUCUGGAUUUGUUGUGUAAUUGAACAUGUCUCCUCUGUAUCUCUAGGCAUUAUACAAGAAACAGAAAUGUCUGAAUAAAAACCGAAUUUGAACAUA